CGAUGUCAUGGUUCAAACGGACACAUCUAUAUCCCGAGUCCAGAGAAGCUCUCGCUGGUGCAACGGUAGGGGCGCACCGUUGCACCCUACCAGCUAGCGUUCGAGCGCCUCACCCGCUUAAUGAAAUCCCGGGGGGGGGGGGGGUCCUCCCCCCUCAGUGCUCUUUUUUUUCUUCUAUAUCCCGAGUCCAUGCGGAGAUUGCAAUUGAAAAGAUGGUUGCCUGGGAUCCACGCUCUGGUGCACCUGCUAGUCCUUCCUAUGUUCGUGUAGUUGACUGUUCAAAGUACGGUACAAUUGUCAACAAAGUACAUGGAACCCAGGGCAUCCGGCUACAUAAAGAUGAAGGUGUGAUGCUUAGUGAUGGGGAUACUGUGACUUUUGGAACUGGUAAUGCUACCUUCAGGUUGUCAUUUGUCCCCAUAGUGGCCUUUUUUCAUGGCAGAAAAUUGACGAGAAUCGAUCCAUCAUUGCAAGCAGUCAUGAUAUCUAUUGGUGCAUACGCUACUCGUAAGUGGAGUGAUGAAUGCACGCAUGUUCUUGUUGAUGAAUCAUGUUCG